GGAGUUAUUUGCAGCUAUUCUCAGAGACAAGAGCCCCAGUUGGUGUGUGUGUUCCCCAGCUGGGGUGAUGGAGCAUAGGGAGUUCAGUCAGUGCUUCGGGUCUCUUCCCAGGGGGGUCUUAAAGUAGUCAAGUCUCUCAGAAAAUGACGGGUUUAGGUUUCUUAUUUUAUUAUACAAAAUAAGUGGUUUUUUCAACAGAUAAGUCACUUAGUGAAUUUAUGUGCGUAUUUAUAUUCUGAAUUUUAUCUUUGGCAAAAUAAAGCUGUUAAGACUCCUGUUGAACUCAAGCUGGAGUAGCAUUUUAAUGCCAGUGUGGCAAUCUGCUCUGACUUACUCUGCUCCUCCACUCAAAAUAAACUGUGUGUAAAACUGGUGUAUUCAAACACAACUCUCCAACUAAUUGUGCAGUUUGGUAGCACUUGGGAGAAGUUGAAGCACCAGGAGAGUGAGUGAGUGCUGGUUUGUCAUUGUUGUUGUGGACCCCUUGUCCUUGGCUGUCCAUCCCAGCCCCAUCCUCAUGGAUUGUUGUGACGCACCGAUGGCGAACAGGGAGGAAAUGCCUUCUGGCACGGCUGGCCACCGUCCUCCUCACCUUAGUGCUCUCCACCCAGACAGGCACAGUUGGGUGAAGUCACAGGGGUCUGCAAAGCUCUCUGGUCCUCCAUGUCUCAUCUCAGGGACAGUCCUGACAGGGUUUAGUGGAGCAGUUCCAAGUACUGGAUGGCUGGAAAAGCAGUUGGCAGUGAGGGUUUGCAGUGCCCUCCUCUGCCUCCGAACAUCCUUCCCUCUCUGCAGAGCUGCUGUUGUAGGAAACGUGCCAUGGAUUUGGUGGAGUUGUAGGCUGAGGAGGUGGCUCCUACUAGACCAGAUGACAGAGCUGGGGAAUAGAAGUCUUUUUUUUGAAUGUGGGUCAGGGAGGAGCAGCUGCCGUGGUGCGGGGUGGGUGACUGGGGACGCCGUGGCAGCCCAGGCUGCGCCGUGGUGUGCGGUAUCCCUUUCACUCUCAAGCUGUUCGUGCUAGUUUGUGAGGCUUAUCUCUGAAGCAAACACUGCUGUGGUUCUCCUGGCUGUUGUAAGAUGGUGGUGGGAGCAGUAGGUGUUCAUCCCCACCCGGCUGCCUCCCGCUCAGUGAGAGCCUUUGACGUACAGGAGCCGACAGAACUGCUCUCUUUUGGCUUCUCUCUCCUUUCCCGAAAUGGCCGGGAGAGUGAUAUUCGGGUCAGCUGCCUCCAGUGUGUCAUUUUCUUUUGACACUCAUCCCUCUGAGCGAAGAGGAGGAGCCCGGUGGGGAAACGCUGUGGAGCUGUUGGCUGCAGUGGACUCGGGUGUAGUUAAAAGGGUGCUGUGGUUAUUCGAGUUGCUAAUCACAUCAAGGCAGGGACAUCUCUGAUGCCUGACUGGAACUGUAUGGGAGUGAGGAUGGCCUUUCCCAGACCUCGCUGCCAGAGAGGUGGAGGGACCCAGGCACCUUCCCCGUCCCUCAGCUGGGUCUGAGCCCCCCGUGUUCGCCCUCUGAUGUCUGAGGAACUGCUGAAGGAUGCGGGCGCCGAGGGCUGUCUCGCUAACAAGGAGACUCCUCAAAGGCCUGCGGAGGAGACGUAGGAUCUUCAAGCAAGUUCUGGCAACGGGAUCCCGAUAACAGAUAAACUCACUUGACCACCAUGAGUUGGAGCUUUCUGACCCGCCUGUUAGAGGAGAUCCAGAACCACUCGACCUUUGUUGGCAAGAUCUGGCUGACAGUGUUGAUUGUGUUCCGGAUUGUCCUGAUUGCCGUGGGGGGAGAGUCCAUUUACUACGACGAGCAGAGCAAGUUCGUGUGCAACACGGAGCAGCCGGGCUGCGAGAACGUCUGCUACGACGCCUUCGCCCCCCUCUCGCACGUCAGGUUCUGGGUCUUCCAGAUCAUCCUGGUGGCCACUCCCUCGGUGCUGUACCUGGGCUACGCCAUCCACAAGAUCGCCCGGAUGGUGGAGCACGGCGAGGCCGGGAGGAGGGGCCGCAGGAGGAGCCUGUCCAUCCGCUGGAAACAGCACCGCGGCCUGGAGGAGGCUGAGGGCGACCACGAGGAAGACCCGAUGAUGUACCCGGAGAUGGAGGUGGAGAGUGUCCGGGAGAGCAAGGAGAAGCAGAGCCCUGCCAAGGCCAAGCACGACGGCCGGCGGCAGAUCCGGGAGGACGGGCUCAUGAGGAUUUACGUGCUGCAGCUCCUGGCCAGGGCCCUGUUCGAGGUCGGCUUCCUGGUGGGGCAGUACUUCCUGUACGGCUUCCAGGUGAGCCCCGUGUUCGUGUGCAGCAGGAAGCCCUGCCCGCACAGAGUCGACUGCUUCAUCUCCAGGCCGACCGAGAAGACCAUCUUCCUGCUGAUAAUGUACGGGGUGAGCUGCAUGUGCCUGCUCCUGAAUGUCUGGGAGAUGCUGCACUUGGGGUUGGGCACCAUCCGGGACACGCUCAACAGCAAGAGGAAGGAGCUGGCAGACUCUGGGACCUUCAACUACCCGUUCACCUGGAACACCCCGUCGGCUCCUCCCGGGUACAACAUCGCCCUGAAGCCGGAGCAGAUGCCGUGCACGGAGCUGUCCAAUGCCAAGAUGGCCUACAAGCAGAACAAAGCCAACAUAGCUCAGGAGCAGCAGUACGGCAGCACCGAGGGCAACAUCCCCACCGACCUGGAGAUCCUGCAGAGGGAAAUCAAAGUGGCUCAGGACCGCCUGGACCUCGCCAUCCAGGCCUACAACAACCAAAACAACCCCGGCAGUUCCAGAGGGAAGAAGUCCAAAGCAGGCUCAAACAAAAGCAGUGCCAGUAGCAAGUCAGGAGAUGGGAAGAACUCGGUCUGGAUUUAAUGUUGGCUGAGUUGAUGUACUGUGGUUUUCUCUCCUAGUUUAUCAUAAUAACCAGCAGCCCCGUCAAUAAUGGCUUCCAUUAAGGGAAUAUUUGACUCUGCUUAUUUUCAGGGAUACCGUUGGCUAGUGAUGCAGCCCCUGGAGAGGGUUUAUACACUGACUCUGGGACUAUAGAACUUUAUUCUUUUGUCUUCCAAGUCAGGAGACAAAUAGGUAUAUUUAAUUCAUUCUCAUUGAACGGUUUAUGCUGUAUGUACAGUAUUAUAGUACAUUUAUUAUGCACAAUUUUUUUUGUAUUUGUACACUGGAUCUGAUGUUACACUUUUUAUAUUGACCAGGACAAGGCCAUGGGUAGCCGUUAAUUAGCAUUUUGUUAAUUUUAUUAUUGUUGUCAGCAGUUAUGUCGUUGUUCUUCCUUGUUUUCCGAGUAAAACUUUUUAUAAAACUUUUCUAUGCUGCGUUUCCAAAGUGCCUUGAACGUGCAGACAGUGGAGCCUCCACUCUCUGGGCAGCCCCUGGGUGGGGAAAUAUUUGGGAAACUGUUCGUGGUGCUCCUGACUCUGCCCUUUACUAAAAUGAUGGGCUGCUGGCAAACUGGAAGUAUCAUCCCAUAAACUCCUAUGUCCCACAGGUUUUUUCCCCCUGUAGAAAAUGACUUACAGGAAAAAAUGUGUGUGACUGUGUGUCGAGAGCAGGAGUGCCAGAGGUGGAGAGGGCUCAGACCUCCCUGCACACUUUGUGGAACAGGAGGGAAGAGACACUUCAAAGUCCUGCAAAACAUCCGAAAAAAACCUGAAUAGGAAUGACUGGAUUCAGUAAUUCCACAUGUUUCUGUGAUAUUGAUGGGAGGAGAAACUUGUGAGGCUUGUUGUGUAACAACAAGGACGGGCAGUGGAACCUUUUGGGGAGGAUCCCUGUCCUUGCCAAACUAAUCUGGUCAGGUGGAGUCCUGGCAGCUCUGCUCUCCCUCUCCCGGGAGCCGGCACACAGGAGCCGUCUGGGGGAGUUCCAUAAGGCCCUUCCCAAAUAUCAAUGAUUCUGCCUUAUCCCAGACCCCUCUUCCCCCUGUUCUGUCCAAGGGAUUCAGUUCAGACAGAGCAAUAUGUACAAUUUAGCUUUCUGCUUGAGAGCCCAGCCCGCCGUGGCAUUCCGUGGCUUUGGCAUUAAACUGGAAUUUCCAAUGAGCGGGAGGGGAGUGCGGGACGGUGCCUUUGGCUCUAUCUUUCUGACAUGGAGCCACGAUCGUCCUGGAGACACGCUGAGAAAUGUCUCUGCUUUCUGUGCUGUUGAUAAUGGAUUCGGGGCCUUGCUGCUCUCCCUUUUUGCUGUCAGGUUUUCAGGUCUUUCAGUGCAUUUUGGGGGCCUGUUUCAAGCAGAACCGUUGUGUUCCGAGGCUACCUCAGCCCUCAGUCCCUCGUCAGAGCUGGGUCAGGACCAGGACUCUGGGAGUCAUGGAAUCACAGGAUGGUUUGGGUUGCAAGGGAUCUUGAAGCCCACCCAGUCCCACCCCCUGCCAUGGGCAGGGACACCUUCCACCAGCCCAGGUUGCUCCAAGCCCCGUCCAACCUGGCCUUGGACACUUCCAGGGAUCCAGGGGCAACCACAGCUUCUCUGGGCAACCUGGGAAGAGUGAGGAGUGAGGCUCAGAUAAAUCCCUGCUCCAUUCCCAUCCUUCAGGACACCCUCACAGAGGCUCCUCGUUAAACUCCCACCAAGGGACAGGAGCAUGUCCUUGCUGUCCCCUCUGCACGAGCACUUGCUGAAAAUAGCUGUAGUGCUGAGUUGUUUUGGUGUGUUUUCCCUCUGGCUCACCAGGCAGGCCAGGCGUGGAUCCCGACUAUCCCUGAGCAAUCUGGAGAGCCUCUGGAGUGCCCAGAGCCCACACAGCCCCCGUGUGAGCCCCUCUGGGGCUGUGGGGGCUCUGGGAAGGGAACUGGCUGCCUGGCCCUUGGCCCAGCACUAACCCCAGGCAGCAGCAGCUGCUGAUUUCAGGCGAAGUGCCAGGGUGAUGUGUGUGAGGAAGUGUAGGUGACACAGGAGGUACAGAGCAAGGGGAUGUGGGCAAGGACAGCCCAUGAGAUGGGACUGGGCUGUGCAGGUGAGAGGAAAUGCAUUAAUAGGGCUCCUCUAAUUAAACAGGGGCCUGAAGAGAAGCACAGAGGCUCUGUCAGAGUGAGCUGUGAGUGUGGUGGGGAAGCUGGGUGGAAAACAUGUCUGGAAGUAUGAGGGAGAGACAUUUGGAGCCUGGAGAUAAGCAGGGCUGGUGGCUGCAGUCCACUCAUACCCAGCACUGGGGUGGUUCUCACUGUCCCAAACAAGUGACGCUGCUCUAACCCUGUGUGGUGCUUUGGGAACAGCUUUCACCAGUGAAAGCAGGGAAAAUCCUUCCCCUCACUGCUCUCUUCCCAAACUGCAGCGAUUUCCUAUUAAUGGAUUAAAAUUAAAUAGGUUCCCACCCACUGCUCCUUGUUGUUUGUGUUAUUUCCCAAUUAAUGAUCUGAGCCAUCCCCCACAUGAAUGCCUCAGGUCAGUCCCAUGAGCCUCUGCCCACCCAUUAAAUCCCUGGUAGUGAACAGAGUCUCCAGAAUAUUCCAAUCCCAGCACUGGAUUCACUCCGAAAAUGCCAAGUACUGGAGCUGUUUCUAUUGCUGCUUUUUAUUUUAUUUUGAUUGUGUUGAAAGUGCACAUUUUGUUGGAAGCCGAGCGUGUGUUGGUCGUGGGAUCUGUCACAGCUCCCUGUUCUGGCUGUGGUCGAUUCCAGAGCAUCAGACUUGAUAUUUCCUUUUGAAGAAAUGAUAUCUGCAUUGCUUUAAAAUGCUCUUGUUUUGGCUUAAUGUGAAGGUCAUUCUGAAAUAAACGUCCAGGAGAGACUUUGGCACAAAAAAUACUGGAUGGAACUUGGAUUUGUGGUGACAUUCUCAGGGUUUGGAGAAAAAAAAAAAAUCUUAUUAAAU